UCCUCCACAGACCCACUUACAGCCUCGCUUCCGUACUAUCUGUCCAUGGUAUUAAUAGGUAUUUAUAGUUGUUAUAUUAGGACUCUUCUUUCUACUCCAAAAUCUUGCUGUUAAUGGAAUCUACCUCAAUAAACUUUCUCUUGUAAUGGCCUGCACUAUAGAGAAGAUUCUGACUGAUGCAAAAACACUGCUGGAAAGGUUGAAGGAUCAUGACAAUGCAGCCGAGUCUCUUAUUGACCAGUCCACCUUUUUGCACAAGAGAGUGGUAGCCAUGAAAGAAGCUGGCACAGCUCUUUCACACAAGUACCAAGAAGAUGCUCCUGAGCUGAAGGAUAUGUCAAAGUACAAACCUCACAUCCUGCUAUCUCAGGAGAACACGCAGAUCCGAGACCUGCAGCAGGAAAACAGAGAACUGUGGGUCUCCUUGGAGGAACACCAGGAUGCUUUGGAACUUAUUAUGAGCAAAUACAGAAAACACAUGCUGCAGCUGAUGGUGAAGAGAAAAGAUGUAGAUGCUCAGCCAGUUCUGCAAGUGCAUCAAACUCAGUCUGCAGAAAUUGUGAAUCAAAUAGACAGAAUCUACGAAAUGGGAGAAGUGAUGAGGAAAGCUGUACAAGCAGACAACAACCAGUACUACACUGUACAAGAAAAGCUAGCACAGUUGGAGCUGGAAAACAAGGAAUUGCGCAAGUUGUUGUCAAUCAGUAGAGAAUCUAUUGAGGUGAAACGAGAAGAGCUGCCCGAUGAUGCAUCUCAGCCCACAAAACAACUACCUUUGAAUACUUGAUCUCAGAGACUGGUAACUGGAUUGCAGGAAAAUAUGUACUGCUUUUCUGAGGUGUCCCAUUAUUCCUCCAUCAUUUUCUCUUGCCUAUCAUUCCAGCAUUUGCUAUAUUGUAGACUUGUGUCCUCUGUGUACUGAUUUGCAAGUUGUGCCCUCUGCUGGCCAACAUCUCCCCAGCAUAGUCACAUAGAGAGCUUCCAUAUUCCCUGGCGUACCCCCCCCCUUCAUUAUUUUGAAACCUCACCUAGACAAUUGGAACAGCUUUGGCUUUUUCUGUGCAAACAGAAUUAAAUUAUUCUGCUUCCGCAUAUCAGUAAAAUAGUCUUACAACAUGAGAUAAAUUUACUUAGAAGUCCUACUGAUUUAAGUAAGUCUUUGUUCCAAGUAAAGAUCCUUAUGACAAAUUGUGUAGUUUAAAUACAGCUUUCCCAAUCCCCUGCAUCGUAACACUGAUCAAUAUAGAAAACCGCAUACAAUUCUUCUGUAAAAAUGCUACAGCCUUCCACAGUUGCAGAAGUCUUGUCAUAAGACAUGAGUCCUUGUGGGACCCACAGGGUCUAAGGUAGCUAUGAUAAGGUAUGCCAUGUAGCUAUGAUCACAUAUUAUUGACAUUAUCUAGGGAAUGAUUAGAAAUAUAAAUCAUCUGCUAAAAGCAGUAUUCCUUUGAAAUACAGGCUAAGUAUUUCAAAAGUUACUCUUUGUGAGAAACUAAUGCCAAGCUACCACUGUUCUGAGCAACAAUGUGAAAGAAUUGAUGGUUUGUUUUCUGCUGAGUUUUGAGGAUUCAGAUGAGCACUACAUGGGAAUUCCAAGCCGUGUGCCAUUGACUGGAGAAAUGCAGUGUCUUCAUCGUAAAUAUUUCAAGGAAGAUAUUCACCAGACAGAUCUGAUGGCAAAUGUUAACCACAUUAUAAAUUGACUAUACAGCAACCAGCAAAAUCCUGUCUUCAUCUGCGGCCUCCUAAAGUUUAGUGGGUAGUCUUUUGGGGGUGAGGGGGCUUUUGUUUUGUUUUUUGUCUCUACCUUCUCACAUGCAGACACUUGGAAAGUGUUGUGCUUAAGAGUGUACAAAAUUGAAAUGUCGUGUGUAGCCUGUGUGAUCAUUCCUCUGAAUCUUUGCUCUUUGUGCACUUUCAGCUUGAACAGCAUUCUGUUUGUUGCUACCAUGUUGUAAACCAUAAAGAGACAUGCCCCAGUUCCAAAAUUCUUACUAGGAAUGGAGGUGUUUAAAUUUCCUGCUUCGACCCAAGUAAAAUUUCAGAGUAAGAUCUGUGAGCUUCAUGUGUAUUGUCUGUGGCUCUUAUAGCUGAUGAUGUUGACCUGAGCUUGAGGCACGAAGAUAAAAUAGCUGCACUUUCCCACUCGUUAUAUUCUUUCCUCAUGAAUAUGGUGUGAAGCACAAUUAGGCUCAUACCUCACAUUCAUCUUUGAUGUCUUAAAAUUCUCAGACUCAAUUUUUGUGUGUGUUAUCAAGGAUGGAGCUGACCUCUGUGCUCUAUGCAAAAGUGCCCGUUCCACAGGACAGACCCAGUUGCUGACCAUCCCUUUGUGGUGUCAUGCCUUAAAUAUAUGCCAUCAGUGCCACCUUCAGAAUCAAGCAACAUGUGCAGUUUCCAAAUAUGCUCCAGGUUACAUUGUAAAUACCAAUAGGAUGUUAUGAUGCAAAUAAGUGACUUGUUGAGGUGUUGACAUACUGUGUGUUCUGCCUGCCUGCUCUGAUCAAUGCAUUUGAAACUUUACCUCUCAGGUUAUUAAAUAUGGAUAUUGGCUCAUUAUUUUCUUGAAAUAAAUGUUUUGAGACAGUA